ACUAUCCAAUGGCUGCCAUUCACCGAAAGCACCCUUUAAAACGCACAACUCCAUAAACCCUAGCGGACAAAGCCACUUGCUCACACCAGAACCCUCUCCGCAAUCUCCCCGCCUCGCUCCCGCCUCCACCCAAUGGCGUCUCUCCCUAACGGUGGCGGCGCCGCCGCCUCUGGCUCAUGCGGCGCGCGCCCUGUGGACAAGGAGGUGGACUUCGCCAACUACUUCUGCACGUACGCCUACCUUUACCACCAGAAGGAGAUGCUCUGCGACCGCGUCCGCAUGGACGCGUACCACUCCGCCGUCUUCCGCAACGCGCCCCACUUCCAGGGCAAGGUGGUCCUUGACGUGGGCACCGGGAGCGGCAUCCUUGCUAUCUGGAGCGCGCAGGCCGGGGCCAGGAAGGUGUACGCCGUCGAGGCGACUAACAUGGCGGAGCACGCGCGCGAGCUUGCUCGCGCCAACGGCGUCACGGAUAUCGUUGAGGUGAUACAGGGCACCGUGGAAGACGUUGACCUUCCGGAGAAAGUUGAUGUCAUUAUAUCAGAGUGGAUGGGCUACUUUCUUUUGAGAGAGUCCAUGUUUGAUUCCGUCAUUUGCGCACGUGACCGCUGGUUGAAGCCAGAUGGUGUGAUGUAUCCUAGCCAUGCUCGGAUGUGGCUAGCACCCAUAAGAACUGGUUUGGGUGACAAGAAGAGGGAAGAUUUUGAUAUUGCUAUGGAUGACUGGAGCCUGUUUGUUCAGGACACUCAAACUUAUUAUGGUGUCAACAUGAAUGCUUUGACAAAGGCAUAUCGUGCAGAACAUGAAAAAUACUAUUUGAAGUCUUCAAUAUGGAACAAUCUUCAUCCAAACCAAGUUAUCGGUCAACCUGCAGCUAUCAAGGAAAUUGAUUGCUUGACAGCCACUGUCGAUGAGAUCCGAGAAGUCAGAGCACAAGUCACAUUGCCAAUCAGAAUGGAAGCUAGAUUAUCAGCACUGGCUGGAUGGUUUGAUGUUCAUUUUCGAGGUAGUGCUCAAAACCCUGGGGUGGAGGAAGUUGAAUUAACUACAGCGCCAGAUGAGCAUGGUGGAACUCAUUGGGGUCAGCAGGUAUUCUUGCUGACUCCACCUCUGAGUGUGACUAAAGGAGACAACGUUAACGUUUCCUUCUCGAUGGUUCGCUCGAAGGAAAAUCAUCGGCUUAUGGAUAUGGAGUUCACAUAUGAAUUGCACGAGUUAUCUGGCAGGAAGCACCCAGCAGUCAAAACCAAGAUGUACUUAGAGUAGAACAAGGUUCGCCAGCAUAAUGAUCUGUGACACAGAUGCUCACACAUGAAGCAUGCUGCAUUGCUUUAGUUGAUAACAUGGUUCAAUCUUACCCUUGUUCAUCAUCAAUCAGAUGGAAAGACGGAACCUCACGACGCCGUUGCUGAAACCUUUGCUCAGAAGCUGAGCAUGUAGUGUGCUUGUUACACCCAUGAUGGGUACAUUGAGACCAUUUAUGUUGUAUUAGUAAUAUAUUGUUUGAUUGCCCAAUUAACGGGGUGAGCCAUUGUUUCAUCACAACAUCGAUGUGUUAGCAGAUAACCACAUCGCCGUUUUAAGCAAACAUUGAGUGCGGAAUUUUGUUGUCUUUGUGAA